CCAAAAGCAAUCCGCUGACAAAUAGCAGCUCUCAUGACGGUCACGAGUUUAGUAAGUAACGCAAUCUGUUUAAACUUUCUUUGUUGGCUGUCGCUCUCAUUCGAUCCACAAAAUGGCACGAAGACGCUUAGAAGGGAAAGAAAUCCUAGUUACUGCCGCAGCACAAGGCAUCGGCCGUGCUGUCGCCGAAGCAUUCGCCGAGGAAGGAGCCAAAGUUUUAGCCACCGACAUCAAUGGCGAGAAACUCGCCGAGCUCGACUCCAUCAAAGGAAUACGAACCAGGAUCCUUAAUGUAACAGACUACGAUGCGAUAAAAGCCCUCGCCAAAGAAUUCUCAAAGCUCGACGUGCUUUUCAACUGUGCAGGCAUCGUGCACGAUGGAACAAUCCUAGACUGCGAGGAGAAAGAUUGGGACCUCUCGUUCGAUAUCAAUAUUAAGAGCAUGUAUCGAAUAACAAGGCAAUUUCUUCCGAUCAUGUUAGCACAAGGUGGAGGGGUCAUCAUAAACAUGGCGUCUGUGGCUUCAAGCAUCAGGGGGGUACCCAACCGUUUCGUUUACAGCACAACAAAGGGUGCGGUGAUCGGCUUCACAAAAUCUAUCGCGUCCGACUUCGUUACUCAGGGAAUUCGUACCCAUGUCAUUUGCCCGGCCACGGUGGACACCCCAUCUUUGCGGGAACGAAUUAACAGUGCCCCAGAUCCUGAAGAAGCUAUGAAGAAAUUCCUUGCCCGCCAGAAGCAAGGGCGUCUUGGAACACCUGAAGAAAUCGCCAAGCUGGCCGUGUUCCUGGCGUCAGAUGAGGCACCUUACAUGACGGGGUGCGAGCACAUCAUUGAUGGGGGAUGGAUGCUGGCUUAGAUGGUCACUCUUAAAAUAUAAUACUGCGGGCUCAAGUCUUCUAUAAUAAUGACCAAGUUCGAGGUCAGUAGAAGCCAAUGACCAGCAGUCUAAAUGCCCCUUUUAUAAAUUAACAAAUAGGCAAUUAACUACAGUGUAGCCAUUGUUUGCAGAGUUUCUCUUCUUAAUUUUUGCUAAACAUAAUUCAAGGUUGUCAUUAAGUUUUAAUUCACCUGUAUCCUAGCUUGAUCCUCAAAUUUAAUUCACACCGAACUCAUGCGGUGAAGUUGUGCCAAGUCUAACCCAUAACAAACUAAGUUGUUACUUUAUGGGUGAAUCAACAACAGGUAAGUUCACUCACAGCAU